GCAUUAGAACAGCGCCAAGAACAGAGCCAAAAAAAAAAACGAAUUUCCGCGGACGUGGAAGCAAACUUUUGUUUUGCUAUGCUAAUUAGUAUUUUAGUAGUUGAUGGGUUUAUUCAACCGCGAUCGGAUAGAGCUUUGAGUGGAAUGCAGUCGUAGAGAGGUGAGAACAAACUCCUGAUAAGAACUCACCUGCCGAUGACGUUUCACCUGAUUAAAGACCACGUUGCAGUGCCAGAUAAAGAGACAAACCAGCAAACAUCGGCAGCACCUGAGCUAACAAACCAAUAUCACCAGUACCUCGAGAUACACUCCACCGACUUUAAUGGUUCACGUAGAUGCGUAGAUGCAAAGAUGCGGCGACCCAAUCUCAAGUGGAUAGUGAAGGCCUCGCUGCUCUUGUUGAUCUCCCUGACUCUCUUCAUACUGAUAACCAGCUGGAUCUCAUCUACUCCGUACACCAACAAGCCAGUCCAUCAUGGUGUGGAGCCCGUGCCCGAAAAGGCUGGCCUUUCCGGCGAUGUCCAGGUGAAGGUGCCAGCUAUUAGGCAACCAGAAGCUCAGAAACCACAGGAACCCGACUUCGAAGAGAAUCCUGAGCUGCAGAAGAUCGAUGAGCCCGAACCGGUGGAUGAAGAAGUCGAUAAUCCGCAUCCGGCGGACGACGAACCGCGACAGCAGCCCCCGCAGGAGCUUCAAAUGGCUGCCCCGGCGGACGAUUCGGUGAAGAAGGACUGGCAUGACUAUACGUUCAUGGAAAAGGAUGCUAAGCGCGUGGGCCUCGGGGAGGGCGGAAAGGCCUCCUCGCUCGACGAUGAGUCCCAGAGAGACUUGGAGAAGCGAAUGUCCCUGGAAAAUGGAUUUAAUGCCCUGCUCUCGGAUUCCAUAUCGGUUAACCGCUCGUUGCCCGACAUCCGCCACCCUCUAUGUCGCAAGAAGGAGUACGUAACGAAGUUGCCCACAGUCAGUGUGAUCAUCAUCUUUUACAACGAAUACCUGAGCGUGCUGAUGCGCUCAGUUCACAGUCUGAUUAAUCGCUCGCCGCCCGAGCUGAUGAAGGAGAUAAUCCUGGUGGACGAUCACAGUGACCGCGAAUAUCUGGGAAAGGAACUGGAGACCUAUAUAGCGGAACACUUCAAGUGGGUGCGCGUGGUGAGGCUGCCAAGGCGCACGGGACUGAUUGGAGCCCGAGCGGCGGGCGCAAGGAAUGCCACUGCCGAAGUGCUUAUCUUCCUCGAUUCCCACGUGGAGGCCAACUACAACUGGCUGCCACCUUUGCUGGAGCCGAUUGCCCUGAACAAACGGACGGCGGUUUGCCCCUUUAUCGAUGUGAUUGACCACUCCAACUUCCACUACCGGGCGCAGGAUGAGGGAGCCCGAGGAGCCUUCGACUGGGAGUUCUUCUACAAGCGGCUGCCUUUGCUGCCAGAGGAUCUAAAGCAUCCGGCCGAUCCGUUCAAGAGUCCCAUCAUGGCUGGCGGUCUGUUUGCCAUUUCCAGGGAGUUCUUCUGGGAACUGGGCGGCUACGACGAGGGCCUGGACAUCUGGGGUGGAGAACAGUAUGAGCUCAGCUUUAAGAUCUGGAUGUGUGGUGGCGAAAUGUACGAUGCGCCCUGCUCCCGCAUUGGGCAUAUCUAUCGCGGACCUCGCAACCAUCAGCCGAGUCCCAGGAAGGGCGAUUACCUGCACAAGAACUACAAGCGAGUGGCGGAGGUGUGGAUGGACGAGUACAAGAACUACUUGUACAGCCACGGAGACGGUCUGUACGAGAGCGUGGAUCCUGGCGAUUUGACGGAGCAAAAGGCCAUCCGCUCCAAGCUGAAGUGCAAGUCCUUCAAGUGGUUCAUGGAGGAGGUGGCCUUCGAUCUGAUGAAGACCUAUCCGCCAGUCGAUCCGCCGGCCUACGCCAUGGGCGCCCUGCAGAAUGUGGGCAAUCAGAACCUGUGCCUGGACACGUUGGGCAGAAAGAAGCACAACAAGAUGGGCAUGUACGCGUGUGCCGACAACAUAAAGAUUCCGCAGCGAUCGCAGUUCUGGGAGCUCAGCUGGAAGCGAGACGUGCGCCUACGGCGAAAGAAGGAGUGCCUGGACGUCCAGAUCUGGGAUGCCAAUGCGCCCGUUUGGCUGUGGGACUGCCACAGCCAGGGUGGCAACCAGUACUGGUACUACGACUACCACCACAAUCUGCUCAAGCACGGCACGGAGGGCAGAAGGUGUCUGGAGCUGCUGCCAUUCUCCCAGGAGGUGGUGGUCAACAAGUGCGACUCCGACAAUCGGUUCCAGCAGUGGAACUUCGGCUCGUUCAACAAAACGGCGCUGGACAACUACUCGCAGGACCUCGUCCUCAAUCUGUAACCGCUGCACUGCAAUAGUAUCACUUGCCAUGUACUUAGAACACUUUGAUGUAAAUAACUAGGCUAGAUAGGUUGUACGGCCGCGUGGCCACUUAACAAUUUACCCCGACUCAAGCGCACAUAUUCAUGGUUGCAAUAGAGAGUAUCUUUACCUUAAGUAUAGUGCAUCUCCAACCAAUUCCAAAUGCCACAAACAUGAUUUGUAGCCUUACGUAUGCUUCGGAGUUUUGUUUGGUUUUAAACAGGAUUCCGAAUGUGCUAGCAUUAGCCUCUAAAUUGUCAUAAGUUUGACUUUGUACACCACAAAAAGUGUUUUCCAUUAAAGAAUAUUUUUGAAGUAAUAAUCACAAGUGCUGGGAUGGUUAUACCCCCCGUUGUUGCAAAUGAAAAAUGCAGUCUGGCGAUCUUAACUUUGUUUUCGUUUUAUUUAAUAUUAAUAUCUGUUUGCUUUCCAUGCGCGUACUUUAAAUAAAUAUAAUUUACGUUUUUCAUCCA